UCAACUUCUAAACUUCUCAAGACCCAUUCGAUUGCAAUCUAUUUAUAUUUUUAAACAGAAGAACAUUCCUCAUGUAAACAACUCCUUAAGCUGUCUUCUAUGUUAAAAUAUCUCAACUAGUAUGACUAGAAUUGUGGCAGUUGUAGCUGAAGAUUGCAGACAUUGAAAAGGUGGCCUAAGAAAUGCAUCCUAUCAUGUCAGGUGAACCCCAAGUUGUAAAUGAAUAGAUCACUCAAAAAAUGAAAAUUCUGCAUUCAUUUGCCCAACCUAUUUCAUUUCAAACCUCUAUGACUUUCUUUCUUCUGUGCAACACAAAAAAGAAGAUAUUCUGAAGAAUUCUGUGGUCAGACCCCAUUCACUGAAAGUAUAUUUACUUUGAAACAGUUUCACUUGGAAACUGCUAGCAAAUUCCGCAAACAAUUUCAAAGAAAUGACAAUUAAAGCAUUGAAUUAAAUGUGAAAUUUUGAAAUUGUAUGUUCUUGUAAAAUAAUCAUUAAAACUUAGAAUUUCAGAGUUGACUUUCAUUGUAUGGAGUAUGGACAUAAAAAAAACAUGACAACAUAUGGGUGACUAAAUGAUGACAGAAUUUUCAUUUUCGUGUAACCUUCUUUAAGACCUUCAUGUAACCCUAAACUAAAAAUAUAUUUUUUUUUCAUAUCCCUACUUAUACUCUAAUAUCAGGUUCUUAGGAAGAGGUCUAGAAAAGGUUUUAUUUUUAAUUUUUUUUUUUAUAUGCAGUGGCAGUGAGUCAUGUCGCUGGCAAGGGGAGGAAGAACUUGUGCUGUAAUUGAUUGCUUAAUCACUGAGCUCAGCCUCUCUGUGCCCUAAUUACAUUACAUGACUGUUGGCUGGAAGGUCUGUGCACGGUUUGCAGGCAACAUAGUAACAAUUUGCCCUUCUGGAGGGAUCUUGUGGUCGUAAUUAAGUAACGUUGGCUUGACUGUUGCUGCUCUACUCUCAAAUCAGAUUUAUUGCCCCAUGAAUGAUCUUGGGGGUCAGGCAGAGGUUCACGUGGGUCGGGCACACUUGGUGUGUCCCAUCACAGAGUGCAGUGGUUUCUUGGAGGAAAGUUUGGUGAUUUCGCACCUAUCCAGUGAAGAGCUGGCAAAAUACAAGUACUUCUUGGAGCUGAGCAGACUGGACUCCAGCACAAAACCGUGUCCCCAGUGCAGCCUGUUUACUUCUUUGAAGGGUCAUAGCCAACAGACGUCUACCAAGAGUGAACAUAAGUAUAAGAUUCAGUGCACAAAGUGCCAGUUUGUCUGGUGUUUUAAAUGCCACUCGCCCUGGCACGAAGGCCUGAAGUGUCGAGACUACAGGAAAGGAGACAAGCUGUUGCGUCACUGGGCCAGCGUCAUCGAACACGGACAGAGGAACGCUCAGAAGUGUCCACGCUGCAGGAUCCACAUUCAGAGAACAGAGGGCUGUGAUCACAUGACCUGCACGCAGUGCAACACUAACUUCUGUUAUCGUUGCGGUGAGAAGUAUAGGCAUCUGCGCUUCUUUGGGGACCACACCUCCAACCUGAGCGUGUUUGGAUGCAAGUACCGCUACCUGCCUGAGAAACCCCAUCUGCGCCGGCUGGUCCGAGGCUCUGUUUGUAUGAGUAAAGUGCUGGUGGCUCCAGUGGUCAUUGUCCUCGUGGUGGUUGUUGGAGCUCUGGCUUUGGUCAUAGGCUUGUUUGCGUUGCCUAUCUACUACAUCUGUAAGAGGAGGAGGAAGCGCUCACAGGGGUCGGGCCGCUGGCUGUGCUGAUUCAGCUUGGGUCAUCCUGCUCAGGACCUGGACACACAAACACACGCCCUAAAAAUAGCUCUGGGUGCCAAGUGACCGAACACUGGCCACUUAGAUACAACAAUCACCACGAGCAGUUUUCCUGUUCGCUGCAUCUCAUGAAUAUUCUCAAUUGCACAGUGACCCUUUCCUCCACAUGGCGUCUUUGGCAUCGUGAUCAAAGACAAAUUUUUGGAAUGUUUUAUUUAUAACCCCCAAACGGAUUUGAAUUCAGUUCAUUUUUAGGAAUGGAACUAUAGACUGCUAAUAAUUUCCUGCAGGAUGUGUUAUGCAGUGGAGCCACACAGCGUGAAUGAUUUUGUCCUUCAAUCUAUUUAUGACGUGCAUCAGAUGUUAUAAUCUGUAAGCGUUUAGUGCUUGAUGAUGGGGAGUUGAUGAAUUAAUGUCUGUCCCUCUUGAUCCCCUCUCUGUUCCUCCCUGCCCUUCAUGCUGUGCCAACAUCCGCAGGAAUUUGCAUGAUCAACAAAACACGUUUCUGUCUACUGCACUGUGGAAAACAAAGGGCCCAGAAUUACAGGGGACCCGCAGCUCCACGCCAAGACAUGUAGGUCAUCUAGGUCAUGCAAAUCAGUACUGUGUCAUGCAAAAGUGUUCAAGCUCUGUGUUUGCACAAAUCUAAAGCUGUAAACCAAACUCAAAAUACACUGUGGGGUCAACAAGACCACUCCGAGACCACUUUUGAAAAUGCAAUUUUGAAUCUCUCUAAUUUAAUGUUUAAAUUAUUUCACUGCAAUUGUUAAGUUAAUAAUA